AUGCCGUCGGACGAGUACGCGUCGGCCGGUGCAGGAGGCGCGCUCCGGCUCAAGGGCGCCAAGGUGGAGAAACACAAGAAGAAGCACAAGCACAAGAAGAAGAAGCUAGAGGCGGCGCUCGAGAAGGGCCUGAUGGAUGACAGAGCCGACAAAGCCGACGCGGACAAGGACCGCGACGAGCCAGCAGACCAGACCGAAGACCCGUUUGCACACAUGACACCAACCGAGAGGCGCUUUGCCGAGGCCCAGGAGAGAAAGUUUCAAGACCUUCUGCUCGCCUCGCCCGAAGAGGCGCGGGCCAGCCAUCCGGAGCUGUUCAAGAGCCACAAGGAACGGCUGGCCGAUCUGAACGCAUACCUGUCGCGCAUGAGCGAGCACCAUGACAUGCCCAAGAUCGGACCGGGCUAA